AUGCACAAUACGUCGUCCACGGAGCCGGGGCCCUCUAACACGUCGUCGUGCCCCGGCUUUGCGCUGGGAUGCCCCAACGCUUCGAGCCCCCAGCCGCUGCUGCUGCCGCCGCCGCCGCUGGCCGUGGCUGUACCAGUUGUCUAUGCGGUGAUCUGCGCGGUGGGGCUGACGGGCAACUCUGCGGUGCUGUUUGUGCUGCUGCGGACUCCCCGCAAGAAGAAUGUCACCAACCUGUUUAUCCUCAACCUGGCCAUCGCCGACGAGCUCUUCACGCUCGUUUUGCCCAUUAAUAUCGCCGACUUCCUGCUGCGGCAGUGGCCCUUCGGGGAGGUUAUGUGCAAGCUCAUCGUGGCUAUUGACCAGUACAACACCUUCUCCAGCCUCUACUUCCUCACAGUCAUGAGCGCCGACCGCUACCUGGUGGUGCUGGCUGCCGCCAAGUCGCGCCGGGUGGCUGGGCGCACGUACGGCGCGGCGCGCGCGGUGAGUCUGGCUGUGUGGGGGCUUGUGACGCUGGUCGUACUGCCCUUCGCGAUCUUUGCCCAGCUCGACGAGGAGCAGGGCCGGCGCCAGUGCGUGCUGGUCUUUCCGAAGCCCGAAGCCUUCUGGUGGCGGGCGAGCCGCCUCUACACGCUCGUGCUCGGCUUUGCCUUCCCAGUGUCUACCAUCUGCGUCCUCUACAUCACCCUGCUGUGCCGGCUGCGAGCCAUACGCCUCGACAGUCAUGCCAAGGUCCUGGACCGUGCUAAGAAACGGGUAACUCUUUUGGUGGUGGCGAUCCUGGCUGUGUGCCUCCUCUGCUGGACGCCCUACCACCUGAGCACCUUGGUAGUGCUCACGACCGACCUCCCGCAGACACCGCUUGUCAUCUCGGUCUCCUACUUCAUCACCAGCUUGAGCUAUGCCAACAGCUGCCUCAACCCCUUCCUCUACGCCUUCCUGGACGACAGCUUCCGCAAGAGCCUCCGACAGCUGAUGGCUUGCCAAAAGCCUGCUUGA